UUCAGUUUCAAGAGAGAGAUAGACAGAUAUUUGAAUUGUGCAGCAGAAAAAUACUAGGAGAAGAAGGAAACAAAAUUAGAUAGUUUAAGACAGUGAUUUAGAGAGUUAGAUUCUACUAGUAUUAGUUUUUGUUUUCAAUUUUGUUUUUGUCUUAUUUCCAUAUUUAACAAAUUAUUUAUGUGAAUUCAUCGAUAUUAUAUGACUCCUCAGCUGCAUUAAAUUUCCAGGUAGGAUUUAGCUAUUUCAUGUGUAGGGCUUUAAUGAGGGUUUGUUAGAGGAGCUUCUCUUCACUCACAAAAUACAAAAAAAAAAUUCUUUAAAUCUCAAUAUUUUGCUUUUUUUUUGUCACAAUUCAACUAAAUUAUUCGUCUCCCUCCGCCCCCAAAAUUAGAAAUAACAAUGUUUCCGAUGGCGAUUCCGAAUUCAAUCGAAAACGGCAGUCGUACUAGGGUUAAUCACGAUAUCGGCACCUUAAAUUCAAUGCUGCCGAAUUCCACCACCAUCGCCGCUCCCGCCCCCACCCCCCCUCAGGUCAAGCCCAAGAAGAAGAGAAACCUACCCGGAAACCCCGAUCCGGACGCGGAGGUGAUCGCGCUGUCGCCCAAAACCCUAAUGACGGCGAACAGGUUCGUGUGCGAGAUCUGCAACAAGGGUUUCCAGAGGGAUCAGAACCUUCAGCUGCACAGGAGGGGCCACAAUCUGCCGUGGAAGCUGAAGCAGCGGAGCACGAAGGAGGCUCGCAAGAGGGCGUAUGUCUGCCCGGAGCCUUCGUGCCUCCACCACCACCCGUCCCGUGCGCUGGGGGACCUCACGGGGAUCAAGAAGCACUACUGCCGGAAGCACGGCGAGAAGAAAUGGAAAUGCGAGAAGUGCUCGAAGAUCUACGCCGUGCAGUCGGAUUGGAAAGCUCACUCCAAGACCUGCGGGACCCGAGAGUAUCGAUGCGACUGUGGAACCCUUUUCUCCAGGAAGGAUAGCUUCAUCACCCACAGGGCAUUUUGUGAUGCAUUGGCUGAAGAAAGUGCAAGGCUCUCUGCUGUCACAAACUCAAUCUUGGCUCCAAACCCUGAUUUCCCCCCGCCCCCGGCCCCCGGCCCUGCCGCCACCCAGCCAUACCUCUUCACCCCGGGCCACCACCGCCAUUUCGGGCAGCCGUGGGGGCCUCAGCCCCACCAAAACCCCAACCCCAUGAAUCUCUCCCAUGCUGAGCAACACCUAGCACCCCAACUCUACCAAGGCAUGAGGAGUGUGGCGGCGGCCGCGGUGGGGCCCUCCUCCAGCAUGGUGUGGCAGAGGGGCGGCGGCGGCAGCGACGUGCUGACCAGGGACUUCCUCGGCCUCACGGGCGGCGGAGGUAGGGAGGAGCUGCUGCCGCUGGUGAAGCUGUCGGCGUUUGAGAGGGAUCACAGCUAUGUGAUGAGGCAGCAUGGCUUUGGGUUCGGUGGGUGGGGAAAUUGCUAGAGUGAGAGGGGAAAUUGCUUUAUUUAGUAUUCCCAACACAAUAAAGAGCGAGGCAAAAGAAACUAAUGGUUUUUUAUUUAUGUUUUAUUUCGUUUUUGUUUUUUGCUUGGACGACGUUUUUGGGUGAUCUAUUAGUGAGAAUAAUGAAUUAUAUGCGGGUU